AUGCCGUUGCCAUUUACGACACCGCCCAUUGAUGAAGUAGAGGAGCAGACGAGUAACAAAGCCCUCACAGCUCCUGUUAGUCGAUCCAAAAGAGCUGCCUCUGCAGUAUUCCAUAAGGAUGAUUAUGUUUCUGAGCUUGUUGGGGUUCCGGAAUCUCCCAGGGGUCCGGAGUGGACAAUACGUCCCGUACGCCCCCGGGCAGCUACGGAGAAUUGUAUGGUUGUGACCACCCGGAUCAUCCCUAAUGUGGGGAUAAUGCCUGUUAAAUUGGGGGAAAUGGCUAGUUCCGGCGGAGGCGAAAAUAACGGUUGUGAUCAGAGGAUGACUUCCGACAUCUGUAAAACUCAAUGGGAGAAAUUAGGAUCUUGGUUUAUUGGACCGUCAGCUGAAAACAUAGAUGAAUUCUGCGGUCUUGCGAUAGAAGCAAUUCGACAAAAUGCCAAACCCAAAAGUUAUUUCCAGGAGGAUAGUCUGUAUAUCACGUCCGAAGUGAAAGCAUCACCAAAUUACAAAAAGGAGAUGUCUAAGCUUGAAACAGAAUUAAAAUCGCUGAACGAUACACUGUCGGAGUCAGUUCCAUUCGCGAAUGUCAGAUAUCAGGGCCAUAUGUUGGCUGAUACGGUAACAGCAGCAAGAUUGGGAUUUCUAGCCGCAUGGAUGACCAAUGCGAACAAUGCGGGCAAAGAGGGUGGUCCAGUUACAACACAACUUGAAAUAGAGGUCGGAAAACAGUUGUGUGACUUGCUUGGCUUUGAUAGGAGAAGCAAUCCACGGGGGUACAUUACCAAUGGUGGAUCAUCUUCCAAUAUCGAAGCUUUAUGGGCAUCUAGAAAUGUAAAGUUCUUCCCUUUGGCAGUCCAAAAAGCUAUUCGGGAAGAACCAACUUUAGCAGAUAUAAAGGAUCUAAGGGUGUAUAUUCCCAGACUGGAUAGAAAACAGAAGUUGAUAUCCUCCUCUACAUGGGAUCUUCUGAAUCUUAACCUUGAUGACAUCAUAUCUUUACCACAAGAAAUUAGUCAAUUGAUCAAAGACGACAACAUUGAUUUCAGAAAAGUUAUCCACAAGUACUCUAUCGAGCACAACGGAUUUGUCGAAUUUUAUCGAAUGCACGGGUUGACAAUCGAACCAGUGGUUAUGACUUCCGCUGCCAAACACUUUACCUGGGAGAAGGCUGCAACCAUUUUGGGGAUCGGAGGACGCAAUUUAAUAUGUGUCCCUUUCGAUCAUUCUGCAAGGACAGAUGUUGUGGCAUUGCGCAGACUUCUUGACGGAUGUCUAUUGAAAAAAGUCCCGGUUAUUGCCAUUGUUUGUAACAUCGGUACAACAGAGCAUGGAGCUGUGGAUUCAAUUGAAGAUAUUCUUCACUUGAGAGCAGAGUAUAGGACCAAGGGCCUCAGUUUCUUCCUGCUUGUUGAUGGAGCCUGGGGUGGUUAUUAUACGACCAUGAUAAGAAAGCCUGAGGAGAAAGACAAGUUGUUGCCAGCCUUUCCUCUGAGUGACUACGUGAGAAAACAAUUGUCUUGCUUAAAGGAUGUAGACACAGUAACCAUUGAUCCACACAAAGCGGGAUAUUGUCCCUAUCCGGCAGGAUUUCUGUGCUAUAGGAAUGGACAAAUGAAGUCUUUUCUGGCCUUUUCCACUGAUAUGCUGAACAGUACUGGUUACGUAACUGUCAAUUGUUUAGGACUGGAGACAUCAAAACCAGGAGCAGCGGCGGCAGGAGUGUACCUAGCACACAAGGUGAUCGGUCUACACAGUUCUGGCUAUGGACGAAUCCUUGGACAGUCAAUCCUUGGAGCCAAACUGUUCUACUGCGCAUGGCUAACAGCAGCCAAACCUGAUGACGAGUUUGUCUGCGUUCCUUUGGUUCCGAUCCCUGAAGCGUAUGAUGAGGAAUCCACGAUGCAAUUUAUCCGUGAAAAAAUUCUACUUUCAUCUUAUGAGGAAAUUGUACUGGAUACUGAGGUGAUGGAUUUCCUUUCGGAGAUAGGUCCUGAUUUGCCAAUCAAUGCCUUCGCCGUUAAUGUCAAGAACAACACGUGUGUCGUCAAAUGUAACCGUCUAAAUAUGACCGUAUUCAACAGACUGUCACACACAGAUCCCAAACAAAGAAGUGUUUGUGAUGUACCGAUGUUCCUGACAAAAUCAAGUCUUUCCCAAAAAGAAUGUGGCAUUAUGCUAGAAAACAUCAAGGAACAUCUUGGGGUAUCAAAAGAAUCAGGUGACGAACUUGUCUUCCUAAAGAACACGGUUAUGAACCCCUGGACGGCGGCUGACCAGGCAAUUCAGAUGCUGGUGCGGCAUUUCCGACAAGUGGUCACUCAAUGCAUCGCAGAGAUUGAGCAACCUGAGUGA